CCUGGCUGGGCCUCGAGGGGAAGCCGGGUCCUGCUGCUCGGGGGGCUGGCGCUGGCACUCCAAAUAACACCUGCGGUUCCCCUCACGCCUUUUCGUCAAGAGCACGAUGCUGCUGGGAAAACUCGUGCAGCCGGUGUGCAACCCGAGCAAGCUGCUGCCGCCGGGCGCCUGCAGACACUUCUGGGGAUGGCUGAAUGCCGUGUUCAACAAAGUGGACUACGAACGUAUAGAAGCCGUUGGCCCUGACAGGGCAGCUUUGGAGUGGCUGGGGGGGGGGGGGGGCCCCGGCGCCCUGGUGCGCUAUCAAGGCUAUCAGAAAUGGCAGCAGGACUACAACGGUCUCCCAACAGGGCCCUUGGGGAAGUACAAGAUAGAAGCAAUUAAUGCCACCGACUCUUGCAUCAUGUACAGGGGAUUUGACUAUUUGGAUGGUCUUGAACAUGUCGCAGAAAUCACCCUGCAGAAGUGUAUUUACAUACAGGACGAGUGUCUGCAGAGGCUCAGCCAGACAAAGAAUCUACAGAAGAGCCUCCUCCAGCUGAAGAUCAUUUCCUGCGGGAAUGUCACAGAUAAAGGCAUCAUUGCACUUCACAAGCUGACGAACCUUGAAUAUUUGUAUCUGAGUGACCUUCCUGGGAUAAGAGAGAAAGAAACUACUGCGCAUGUCCUUCGGCAGGCACUGCCAAACCUGGAGCUGGAGCUGGAUUUAGAAUAAACACAACUGCACGUAACUGAGACGUAUCCGAUUCCAUAGUAUUUAUCACAGGUUGCAUAAAUUAAGUUGUAGACGCUAGUGAAUUUCCAGGUAUGGAAAUAAGCCCAGAUCUCCCAAUCCAGCCUUAAAAGCUGUACGCAAUCUUUUAUGCAAUUCAGUUUUCUUAAGCUUAAACUAUAUGGUGAACCAACAGAAAGGCAGGCUUCUGUGCAUAGUCAUUUCUUUCCUGUUUUUACAGGGAGCUGUUAAUACAUCAAUUAGAAACUUUCAAAUAUUUCAUUGCACAGAAAUUUGUGUGCAAAACGACAGCGGGAAGGACGUCGGUGGUGUGAAGCAGCAGCGCUGUACGCUUUUAUUGCCUGUUGUCAACGCUGUGGGAAUGAGAGCUGUUCACUCUCCGAGCAUCUCGCCCCAUCAACGGGCGACGAUUUAAUAAAACAGCUUAGGGACCUUUUUCUGUCCUUCAUGCUUUGACUCAUGCAGCCUUUGGUGUUUUUUUAAUGGAGCGAUCUGUAGGCAGGCAGUCUAACCUUCUCGUCAACGCUGAGCUGAGGAACUGAACGCUGCUCUGUCUGCGGAGAAGCGGGGUCUCGUAGAUACGCCCUUGCACGCAUUUUUGCCGUAUGCUGACAUGGACUGUAUUACUUCUGUGUACCUCUUAGUUGCAUCCGUACCACUCCUGCUAAAUAAGAGAAUGAUUCAGCCUCAGGAAGAAUAUAGCGGUUUUAGUUAAAUUCCUAGCUUUGGUGGUAGGGGAGAGAAAGGUGGCAGGCGACGCCAAGCAAGCAGAUUUCAAUACAUCUCGGCCACGGUACCUCUGCGUAACUGAGAGUCUCCUUUCUUAUCCCCCAUUGUCAUCUCAUCCCCUGAAGGAAGUGAUGCCAAGCACCGGAGAGGAUCACAUUUUGCACUAGCUGCAUCGUGGGGCAGAUCCUUCCUGGCAUCUCCUGGCACAGCGUGGGCAGGAACGGUGUCCCGGAAUGAAGCUGCCUGCAGCCUGCGCUGCCCGGGGCUGUGUCCAGGAGCUGACUGCCAGGCUGUCGACUGCUUGUGGGC